CCUUGCAGUGCAAGCUGCUCACUCCGAGUACUAAAUACAUCAUUGUUGAGCUGUAAAAUUAAACAUUGAGAGGCAGUAAAGCUGGAAAAUCUCGAGUAGCUGCAGGAGGACGCUACAGAAGUGAAGUUUGCUAGUCAUGGCAGAUCUGUGUGAAUCUGAAGGAGACAUAGACUGGGAAGAGAGAUGUAUGACGCUGGAAUCUCAGCUAAUCAAAUUCCGCAUCCAAGCAAACAGGAUCAGGGAGCUAUUAGCAGAAAAGAUGCAGCAGCUGGAAAGACAAGUAAUUGAUGCUAACCGCCGGGCAGAGAAGGCGUUUGAGCAGGUUCAAAUCAUGGAAGAAAAAUUAAAAGAAACCAAUAUACAAACCAGUGAAUCAGAAACUCUUUGGUAUAAGAAAAGCAAAGACUUAGAGAUAUUAGUGCAAGAGAAAGAUGACAUUAUUCAGUGCUUGGAACAGGAACUCGAGGAACAGAAACAACUACGGAUCCAAGAGGCAAAGAUGAUAGAAGACAAAGCUUCCAAAAUUAAAGACUGGGUUACAGGAAAGCUGAGAGAGUUGGAAAUAGAGAAUCAAAACCUUCGCCUACUCAAUAAAAGUUACAGUGAAGAGAUAGCUUCUUUACAGUCCAAGAUACAAGAAGCCAAAAGUAAGAAACCUUCUAAUUGCUCCUCACAAAAGUCUGCAGAAGGGCAGCGUCUGAGCAGUCUGACAUUUGGAUGCUUUCAAAACAGAGCGAAAAGUCCACAAAUAGAACAAAUUGAACCUAAACAAGAGGAAAACAGCAAGCCAUCCAAUGAAACAGCUGAUCUAAAUGGUGAACUUCACAUGAAAGAGAAGAUGAUUAGCGGCAAGUGGCAGGAUUGCUUCACUACGCCGGCCUCCAUACUCCAAAAUAUCAAUCUUAUGGAAACAUCAAGAAAAGGAAGGCUGAACACAGAUAUCCCCAGCAUUACUGUUAGCGAAUGGAGCUCAGAUGAGGAAGCAAAAAACAUUCAAGCCAAUACCAGGUGUGUAUCUACACUAUCAAGUCAAACUUCAGAAGAAGACAACCAAGCCAGUCAAAUGGGAAGUGAAAUGUAUCUCACAGCUUCGGAGGACAGCAACUCUACCUAUGAAGAUGAAACUUUAGAAUUAAGAAUCUCUGACCAAAUAGGAGCAUGUUCCUUAAAGAAACAAUUUCCAAAGGUUGCACAAAACAUCUAUGGUGGCAAAAAAUAUUUUACAUUUUCUAAUCAAAGACUAAAACUGGACAAUUCUUGUGAUUAUUCUAGACUUCGGUCCCAAGGACAGACCAUCUCAUUCUGUACUAAUGAAACAAGUUGCAACAGCACAGAGAGAACAUCUGUAUUUUCAUCAAAAAAUGUAAAUGGUAUUCCAACAACUGGAGCACAGUGCACAACCUCAAAAGAUCUAGCAUCCAACCUACCAUCUCCUAAACAACAGAUACCCAAUAUCUUAAACUUAAAUACAGCUUUGGCCAAGAAGCACCUAAGUCAACCUCAGAUGAGCUCUGAUAGAAUGUUUGGUAGAAACAGAAAUGCUAUAAGUAUGGUAAAGCCCUAUAGACCUCAGGAAACGGACAUUGAUCUGAUUGAUGAACAGAGUUUAAGUUAUUUGCAGAAAAUGGAUACUGGAUGUGAUGAGCGGUUAUCUGACAUAAGAGACCAUCAUAAUACUGUGGAUGAAAAAACUUCCCAAGACAAGGCCACUUGUGGAAAACCUCCCACACCUCCACUUCAUCGAUUUCCUUCUUGGGAGAAUCGAAUAUAUUCAAUUGCAAAAUCAGGUUUGAGAAUGUCAGAAGUCAUUGUGAAUUCAAGUAAUGCAGGUAACGUUUUAACACCAACUUCAACAUCACUGAUCUACACAUCUCUCAUAUACAAGAAUAUAACCUCACCGGUCUACUCUACUUUAAAAGGAAAAGCUACCCAGAUCAGUACCAGUCCUUUAGAGGAUUCCUCAGGAUCUGAGGAAGAAGGUGGCUCGCGUGCAAGUUCUAGGACGUCAGAAUCUGACUACCGUAAUCAGAGUGAUGCAGGAAGUCCCCGUGCACUAAAGAGAGGCAUAUCUUUCUCUUCCAUGACUUCAGAUAGUGAUUAUGCAAUUCCUCCUGAUGCAUAUUCAAUGGACAGUGAAUUCUCAGAACCAGAACAGAAGCUUCCAAAAACCUGUUCUUCAUCAAGUGACUGUGGGAAAAAUGAACUACUUGAAAAAUCUGGAUAUUUGCUAAAAAUGGGAGGCAAGAUAAAAACCUGGAAAAGACGUUGGUUUGUGCUAAAAGCUGGUGAACUUCUGUAUUACAAGUCUCCUAGUGAUGUAAUCAGAAAACCUCAAGGACAAAUUGAAUUAAAUUCAUCGAGCCUUAUAAUUAAAGGUGAUGGAAAGCAAACAAUUCAGCUGGUCACAGAGAAGCGCUCUUAUUAUCUGACUGCGGAUUCCCCCAAUAUUCUGGAUGAGUGGGUCAGAAUUUUACAGAAUGUUCUUCGUAUACAAGCCACUAGCGCUCUCUUUGCGCAACCAGAUGUUAAGCCAACAAUGAAAGGUUUAUUAACAAAGGUUAAACAUGGAUAUUCUAAGAGAGUUUGGUGUACACUUAUUGGAAAAACGCUGUAUUAUUUUCGCAGUCAAGAGGAAAAAUUUCCUUUGGGACAAAUCAAGCUCUGGGAAGCUAAAGUGGAGGAAGUAGACCGGUCAUGUGACUCUGAUGAAGACUACGAGACAAGCGGUCGAAGUCUUCUAUCCACACAUUAUACCAUUGUCAUCCACCCUAAGGAGCAAGAUCCUACCUACCUCCUCAUUGGGUCUAAACAUGAGAAGGACACGUGGCAUUAUCACUUAACUGUGGCUGCUGGUAUCACAAGUGUAAAUGUGGGAACGGAGUUUGAGCAGCUGGUUUGCAAAUUGUUGACCUUAGAUGGAGACCUGUGUACACAGAUUUGGAGGCAUCCUGCUCUCUGUCAUAGUAAAGAGGCGAUAAAUUCACCCCUUACAACAUUACCAUCAGAAGCAUUGCAAACAGAAGCAAUUAAACUAUUUAAGACUUGCCAUUUAUUUCUUAAUGCUGCAGUUGAUUCACCUGCUAUUGAUUAUCAUGUAUCCCUGGCUCAGAGUGCAUUACAAGUGUGCCUCACUCAUACUGAACUGCAGAAUGAGAUCUACUGUCAGCUUAUCAAACAGACAAAACACCGGCAGCCACAGAACCAGCAAAGUCCCAUCCAGGGUUGGCAGCUUUUAGCACUUUGUGUGGGACUUUUCCUACCCCAGUAUCCCUACGUAUGGCUUCUAAAGCUCUACCUGAAGAAGAAUGCAGAUAUCAGGACUGAAAAUGGAAAAUAUGCCAUAUACUGUCAGCGAUGUGUAGAGAGAACACAGCAGAAUGGAGACCGUGAGGCAAAACCUUCCAGAAUGGAAAUCCUAUCAAUUCUUCUAAGAAAUCCUUAUCAUCACUCCUUGCCAUUCAGCAUCCCAGUACAUUUUAUGAAUGGCACUUAUCAGGUUGUUGGAUUUGAUGCAUCAACAACAGUUGAAGAAUUUCUUUGUACACUAAAUCAAGACAUUGGGAUGAGGAAACCAGAACAGUCGGGAUUUGCCCUCUUUACUGAUGAUCCUUCUGGGAAGGACUUAGAGUAUUGCCUUCAAGGGAACAUUAAAAUCUGUGACAUAAUUUCAAAAUGGGAGCAGGCAUCCAAGGAACAGCAGCCUGGGAAAUGUGACGGUACCAGGACUGUACGACUUACUUACAAGAACAGACUGAGUUUUGCCAUGCAGGUGCGUGGAGAGACCGAGCGAGAAAAAUUGCUCUUAAUGUACCAGACAAAUGAUAAAAUUGUUAAUGGCAUUUUUCCAGUAAAUAAGGAGCUGGCGAUGGAAUUGGCUGCCCUUUUAGCCCAGGUAGAAAGUGGAGACUUUGAACGACCAUUCUCAUCUACAGCAGGGCAAGUAAAGUCAAGCCAAAUAAUAAAACAGGCCUUGGAGAAAUUUUAUCCAAAGCGAUACAGGGAAGACUGUUCUGAAGAGCAACUAAGACAACUUAAUCAACGUUUGGCAACAAGGUGGAUAGCCUUGAGAGGUCACAAUUCUUCAGACUGUGUGCGAAUUUAUCUCACUGUGGCAAGAAAGUGGGCCUAUUUUGGAGCAACUCUGUUUGCAGCAAAACCUAUGAGUCCUACGCCGAUUGAACAUUCCCUUGUAUGGCUUGCCGUACACGAAGACGGAAUAAGUGUUCUAGAAUACAGCACUAUGAGGCUGCUAUUCACAUACAUACACAGGAGUUUAAUGACCUUUGGAGGCUGCCGGGAUGACUUUAUGCUGGUAGUUAACAACACUCAAACAAAAGAGAAACCAAAUGAAAAACUUCUGUUUGCCAUGGGGAAACCAAAGAUACUGGAAAUAACUAUGCUGAUGGCUAGUUAUAUUAACGCAGCACAACAGCAAAAAAAAACUGCCCAUCAUCUCUCUGCCCCGGCACUUCUGACCACUCCAGAGGAGGAAUCAAAGACAACACAAAUCAGCAGUCAGACCCUCUUGCCAGGCAUCAGACCGACUAAAGGGCCAACCCUGUUGUAGGCACAAAAGAUUGUGUUUAAUUAUUUCAUAAGGACAUUUAGCGCCAAGACCAAUUAAUAUUAUAUCAAUAUAACUCUUAUGAUGUGCUUUUCAAGUUAUAUAUAAGGUUGUGAAAUUACCAUAACUGGAACUUUCAAUACAUCAGCUAGAUGGGCACGCCAAUUCUUUUUCAUAGUUCUAUAACAGUUUAUCGUGAAACACAUGGAUAUUCUGUUCCAUUAUGCCAUACAAAAUCAGUUCAUUUUAAUCAUAUAAAUGAAUGUUAUUAUUGUCGAACGAAAACAUAGUGUAUGGUGUUUUAUAAAAAAAACAUGUUAAGAAA